GGACCCCAGCCGCGGCGCCAUGGCCUCGGAGUCGGUGAAGGUGGUGGUGCGCUGCCGCCCCAUGAAUCAGCGGGAGCGGGAGCUGAACUGCCAGCCCGUGGUGACGGUGGACUCCGCGCGCGGCCAGUGCUUCAUCCAGAACCCGGGCGCCGCCGACGAGCCCCCCAAGCAGUUCACCUUCGACGGCGCCUACCACAUGGACCACUUCACCGAGCAGAUCUACAACGAGAUCGCCUACCCGCUGGUGGAGGGUGUCACUGAAGGCUACAACGGCACCAUCUUCGCCUAUGGCCAGACGGGCAGCGGGAAGUCCUUCACCAUGCAGGGCCUGCCGGAGCCCUCCUCCCAGAGAGGCAUCAUCCCCAGGGCCUUCGAGCACGUUUUUGAGAGCGUCCAGUGUGCAGAGAAUACCAAGUUCCUGGUCCGGGCCUCCUACCUGGAGAUCUACAAUGAAGACGUCCAUGACCUGCUGGGGGCUGACAGCAAGCGGAAGCUGGAGCUGAAGGAGCACCCGGAGAAGGGGGUGUACGUGAAGGGGCUCUCCAUGCACACGGUGCACAGCGUGGCCCAGUGCGAGCGCAUCAUGGAGGCCGGCUGGAAGAACCGCGCGGUGGGCUACACGCUGAUGAACAAGGACUCCUCGCGCUCCCACUCCGUCUUCACCAUCGGCAUCGAGAUCGACGCUGUGGAUGAGCGGGGCAAGGACCACCUCCGGGCGGGCAAGCUGAACCUGGUGGACCUGGCGGGCAGCGAGCGGCAGUCCAAGACGGGGGCCACGGGGGAGCGGCUUAAGGAGGCCACCAAGAUCAACCUGUCGCUGUCCGCGCUGGGCAACGUCAUCUCGGCCUUGGUGGAUGGGCGCUGCAAACACAUCCCCUACCGGGACUCGAAGCUGACUCGGCUGCUGCAGGACUCGCUGGGGGGCAACACGAAGACGCUGAUGGUGGCCUGCCUGUCCCCUGCUGACAACAACUACGACGAGACCCUCAGCACACUGCGCUACGCCAACCGGGCCAAGAGCAUCAGGAACAAGCCCCGCAUCAACGAGGACCCCAAGGACACCCUCCUGCGCGAGUACCAGGAGGAGAUCAAGAAGCUGAAGGCGAUCCUGGCCCAGCAGAUGAGCCCCGGCAACCUGUCAGCCCUGCUGUCCAGUCAGGUGCCCCUAAACCCUGUCCAGAUCGAGGAGAAGCUGGUGCCCCCACCUGUGAUCCCCGCUGACACGGAGGCGGAGAAGCAGCUGAUCCGGGAGGAGUACGAGGAGCGCCUGGCCCAGCUGAGGGCCGACUAUGAGGCGGAGCAGGAGUCCAGGGCCCGGCUGGAGGAGGACAUCACUGCCAUGCGCAACUCAUACGACGUGAAGCUGUCCACGCUGGAGGAAAACCUGCGAAAGGAGACAGGCUGGGUUGACUUAUCCAUCACCCAUGUUUCAUGGCUGGGCCUUGGUUUCCCCUUCUAUAAAAUGGGGAUGCUGACAAGAGCUUCACCGGAGCACCCCUCCCUGACGGAUCUGCUGAGCCCCGAUGAGGGUGACGUUAGGUCUGAAGCCAAGACGGCUGACUACCUCCUGCUCAAGACUGAGGUUGACCAAGGUCCAGAAGUGGCCGAGGAGGUGGUGUCAGCAGCAGAGCCUGGUGUAGCGGCCAAGGCUGGGGCCCAGGUGGCCUCGGAGGCUCAGCCUCAGCCCUUGCUGGUCAUGACAAGUAUGAGAAGGGACAGUGUGGGCGUGGAGGUGGCGGUGCUGACCGAUGACCUGCCGCCCAUCGUGAACCAGCAGCAGGUGCUCGCCCGUUUGCAGCUGCUGGAGCAGCAGGUGGUCGGCGGGGAGCAGGCCAAGAACAAGGACCUGAAGGAGAAGCACAAGCGGAGGAAGCGGUACGCGGACGAGCGCACACGGCAGCUGGUGGCCGCCCUGCAGAGCUCGGACGAGGACGGCGGGGACUGGGUGCUGCUCAACGUCUAUGACUCCAUCCAGGAGGAGGUGCGCGCCAAGAGCAAGCUGCUGGAGAAGAUGCAGAGGAAGCUUCGGGCAGCGGAGGUGGAGAUCAAAGACCUGCAGUCGGAGUUCGAGCUGGAGAAGAUCGAUUACCUGGCCACCAUCCGCCGGCAGGAGCGGGACUCCAUGCUCCUCCAGCAGCUCCUGGAGCAGGUGCAGCCUCUCAUCCGCCGCGACUGUAACUACAGCAACCUGGAGAAGAUCAGGCGCGAGGCCUGCUGGGAUGAGGACAGUGGCUUCUGGAAGAUCCCUGAGCCCAGCAUCGUGAAGACCAGCCUCCCAGUAGCAGUUCCAACAGGGCCACAGAAUAAGGCCUUCCGCAAAACCCCUGCUGCAGACAACGGUGAAGCAGGCAUGGAGGAAGACCGCUACAAGCUGAUGCUAAGUCGCAGUGACAGUGAAAACAUCGCCAGUAACUACUUCCGGUCCAAGCGGGCCAGCCAGAUCCUCAGCACGGAUCUCAUGAAGAGCCUCACGCAUCACAGCUCACCCCCAGGCCUCAGCUCCCCACUCAGCAACACGGCCGCCAUCGUGCCCACCCAGGCCCCCGAAAUGCCCCAGCCCCGGCCCUUCCGCCUCGAGUCCCUCGACAUCCCCUUCACCAAGGCCAAGCGGAAGAAAAGCAAAAGCAGCUUUGGCAGUGAGCCUCUGUGAACUCGGCCUCCUGCUGCUGCCCUGCCUUUGAGCUUCCUUGAGACUGCCAGGCCCCCCCCAGGGCAGCGCCAGCCAGGCCUCCCCCCGCCUGCUGCCGGGAGCCCAGGGGGGCCCCUGCCCUGGGAAGCGCUUUCCCUUCCCUGUUUCCCAGAGAGCCUCCUCUGCCCAGGCCGUCAGCACCCGGGAGGCUGGGCCACCCCCGCAGAGGCGGCCUCGGCUGCCACGCCAUGCCAGUGUUCUGCCUGCUCACUGCCACAGCCCGCCAGGGUUCCUCUGUGCCUCCGUGGGCUCCGAAACCUCAAGGCUUUCACCAGUGGCCUGACAGAGUGGGGGGCAACUUCCCCAUGGAUCAAAGACAGUAUCUUGGCGAUGGACGAUUGUGCCCCCACCAGGUCCCCUCCCCAUGCCUUCCUGGGAAAGCCGGACAGCGUGGGCACAGGAGUCCCAGAGCAGCUGUGCCCCGCUGCCCUCUCCCAGCCGGUUUGUGGCCUAGAGGAAGCUGCCCCACAUGAAGCUGCCCCAAUAAACUACCUUUUACCCAUGA